AUGGACUCCACCACGCCCGUCGUGGCGGUGUUGUACCAAGCUCUCCCGCCGCCAAGGUAUGGUGGCGUGAGUAAGCCGCCCAAGCCCGGUGGGUACCGGGACUCUGGCGCUGAUGUGGCGUAUACUUUGUCCCGCUCGGGAAUCACGGUGCUCACACCGGAGCCCGAGCCAGACCCCACAAAUCAGGACCAGUGGUGUUUCCCUGAUACCGAGGAGGGCAUUCUGGCCGCGGUGAAGGCGGGGGCGACGCAUCUGUGGGCGAAUACGGUGCUUUUUGCAGAGCAUCCGCUGCAAGUGUCGUCGCGGUUGACGCCGCAUCAGGAGCGGGUGAGGGUUGUCGGACAGCCGCCACUGUGUGCGGAUCAAUUUGAUGACAAGUCGUUUGUCAAUGACUGCUUGCGUCGGCACGGUGGACUUACGCUGCCGAGAUCGUGGGUGAUAGAUGAUCCCCGGUCUGGAAUGGACGACUCUGUUGCUGUUCAGAGGACCUCGGGUCAUGUCUUGGAUGUGAUCCACGCCAGCGAUUUUCCAAUUGUUGCGAAACCUGUGCGCGGGCGGGGCAGCCACGGCGUGAAGGUUUGUCACAAUGCCGCGGAGCUGUCGGCGCAUGUGGCUCGUUUGUUUGAGGAGUCGCCUCGGGUUCUAUUAGAGGAGUACUUGAAUGGGGAGGAAGGUACGAUCACCGUCAUGCCUCCGUCUCAACACGCAAUCCCGGGAGAAGAGCCUUCAGAUCGCUUCACUCGACACUGGGCGCUGCCGCCUGUCACUCGCUUCAACCAUGUGGAUGGCGUCGCACCGUACAGUGGGAAGGUAGCGGUGACCGUGAACUCUCGCGCCGUGACCACUGAGGAGGUAGACGCCGAUCCCGCAUACACGACCAUCAUGAGGGAGUGCGAGACUGUUGCUGGAUUACUACAGACAAGAGCACCUCUGCGGAUAGACAUUCGGCGAUUUGGACCUAGGUCGCGAUUUGCUCUGUUUGAUAUCAAUAUGAAGCCGAACAUCACCGGUCCAGGACGCCCGGGUCGCGAUGACCAAACCAGUCUUAUGGGUCUUGCAGCUGAGAGUAUGGGCUGGGGCUAUCCCACGUUCCUGCAGUAUGUGCUUGGGUCAGCACCGCAUCUGGGAGAGCUUCGCAACUACAGUCCUUUGAUCGGAUGA